AUGCUUUUUCGGGAAUUUCUUCAAAGCGAAUUUAGCGAGGAAAAUUUAGAUUUUUGGUUGGAUGUUGAAAACUUUAAACAAAUGAAGGAUUCAAAAAAACAAACUUUACAAAAAGCCCAACAAAUAUAUGAUACUUAUAUUAAAGAAUUGGCACCUAAAGAAGUAAAUUUGGAUAGUGAAACAAGAAUGAAAACAAAAAAUGGAUUACAAAGUAUUCCAUUAAAAACAGAUAUUUUUAAUUUGGCACAAAACAAAAUUGAACAAUUAAUGUCUAAAGAUAGUUACUCUAGGUUUUUAAAAUCAGAGCAAUAUUUGGAUUUAUUAGAUGAUAUACCAAAUGUUGGAGAUAAACCUCGUUCAGCUUCGAAUGGUUUACUUCGUGUAUCUUCAACAAAAAGUAAUGGAAGUAUUUUAAAUUCUAAAAGAUCAACAGCCAGCCGUUCCCCCUCACUUUCACCUAAAUUAGGUUUUGGUGGUGGUGGUCGCUGUGUUCGGAGAAAUACUUGUUCGCCUACUUCUCCUGUCACAUCAUUACAAAUUCCUUGUAUUCGAGAAUAA